UGAUUCUGCGCCAAAAGGAGGCUUCGAAGGCACAGGGGACCAAGAAAUUGAAGCAAGAGGUAGGAAAUGGAGGACGAUGACUUCAUGAUCGAUGAAGAUUUUGAUACUGAAUUAUCAUUUCGUGAUUUACGACGAUUAAAAGAUGUCCACUGUAAGGCAGGCUACAGGGAUGGAUUGAAUGAUGGCCAAGAAAGUACAUUACAAAAUGGAUUCAACAGAGGCUUCUCUGAUGCUGCUAUUAGAUACAAGAUGAGUUCAAAACUCAGGGGAUCACUCAGUGCCAUGAUCCUGUUCUUUGAUUCAAAGAAUGAAAAACUGUGUCAAGAUUUGAAGAUGUUCUUGAGUGACAUAAAAGCCUUAGAAGAUAUGGAAACAGAAAUUGAUCAUUGUACAAACAACAGGACUCGUAAAAAAGACCAAAGUAAUUGCAGAAGUGAAUGUGAAUUGGACAGUACAAAUCUAGUGGAUGUAGAAAUGAUGAUAGACAAUAUUUCUCUUAGCAAUGACAAAAGUCCUGUACAAGUUAAUGAAUCCCACAAUGUAUCUACACAUAACUGCUGUUGUGGUAAUCCAGCAUCUGUAAAUGCCAAUUCACACAUACAAACAGACAUUUUGAAGACUUGUAAGUGUUCUUCUGCAACUACAAUAAUGCAAGAAGAUAGGGAAAGCAGAACAAAACUGAAGUAUGCAUUUGAUAUUGAAGAAAAAUUUGAAGAACUUGAAGUAAUUUUAAGGAGACAUCAAAUAUCUAGCCGACUGAUUGAAAAAUUAAGGGAAUAUUCACUUUGAGAUAGAUAGAUGGAUUUUCUUGACCAUGGAGUUCUUUUGUUGCUUUAGGUUAAAAUAAUGUAAAUAAAUUGUUGAUUUAAUGUCAACAAAAUUUACAAAGGUAUACAAACAGAAUAUAUUUUUGAAAAUGACCCUAAAACCGCUAUCAACUUUUCCAAUUCACUGCAAACAAACUCUUUUCAGGUUGAUAAAUGUCAAAUUCAUCUGAUCUCAUCUAAUUUCCAAAUGCUUUUCUGAAGCAUACAUUGGUCAUAUUCGAAGGUAAGGGCCAAGCCCAUCAUUUGCAUUAACUAUAUGUGUGGCUAAUUUGUCUUAUGAAUCUCACCAAGCAUUUUGCAUGCAUCUAAAAGCUCAUUAUUCAGGUCCUUGUGAAAUUUUUCAUAAGUCAGUAACUUCUGAUCAACUUGUUCCCAAUGGUUUUUUAAAUCUUUCACUUGUGCCUUGAUAUUUUUAAGACUAGCUUGAAAAUUUAACCCAGGCUUGUCAUUUCUAUGCCCUUUUAAUAGGGAUUCUUUCUUUCUGGUACAUCCUUUGACGCUAUGUGAUGCUUCAUUGUCUAAAAGAACAUUUCUUGUCUUUAUAGGUGCUUGUUUUUCUUUCAGCUCAGAAAUUUCUUUUCUGUCCCAAUAAUCGAAUGGUUCUUGAGGGAGCAAAUAUGAGUAUUCUACUCGUGUCUCGUCUAAAGAAGUAAUGCCACUGUCAUUGUCCUCAUUAUUCGCAUCUUCAUCAAAUCCAUUUUCAGUUGCUUUCUGCUUCAUGAAAGGCACUAAGUUUAGAAAAUAAAAAUUAUGAAUAUAACCUCAAAGAGUAGUUGCCUGAUGAUCACAUCAAGCAUGAAACUCAGAGUAGCAACUUAGAAUUGUCCUGUUCUAUUUACCAAAAGCCUGUAAUCUCAUAGAGGUUUCCUAGAUAUUUAAUAGCUUUAGUAGUAAUAGCAAUAAUAAUUUCCCUCCAAUAAGCUGUGUUGUGCUCAAAUUUAAUCUCUUCGUUUCAUUAAAUUCCUUAUCAUCAGGGUAGGGCCUCCAUGAUGUAAUAUAGAAACAGACAUUUCAUGUCUUUGGUCUCUAUACCAAUGGUCGGGGGUGGAGCUUCACUUGAAUUUUGAAAAUGUCAUAAUGUUGUUAUGUUUCUAUGUUUUUAUGUGAUGCAUUCUGUCAGUCUGUGUUUCUUUGUUUGGGGAAAUGCAAAGAUUUUCAGGGGGUUCUCAAUAAUAGUUUUUAUAAUUUUAUUUUUUACAAGUGUUAUGUCUUUUCCAC